CACAGCUAAAACAACCCACUGCGGGGAUUCAUACGAUAGUUCUUAGUUUACAAUGAUAUAUAUUCUCCGCUGUCUACGCUGUGGCCUUGAGGAAAGCUCAUGCACUCUUAUCCCUUUUCAAUAAGAUAACCCCUUCAACAGUCCACCUCUGCUUCGGUCGUUUCCCCGAAUACAAUGUCCGGCGCUCUAGAAGGCAUCUACGAGCCGGGGAUCGUCGAUCCCGGCGUCCCCGUCUCCAGCCCAACAAAGCCCUUCUGGCACUCCAACCCGCACCCCCAUGCCAACCACCAAUCCCCCUGGCCCACGACCGCAGUAGACGUAGUCGUCAUCGGCUCCGGAAUCUCGGGCAUGAGCCUAGUCCGCACCCUCCUGUCCACGCAUCGACCAGACCUGCGCGUCGUCCUCGUCGAAGCCCGCUCCCUGUGUUCGGGCGCGACGGCCCGCAACGGCGGCCACAUCAAGACCAUGACCUUCGCCAUGUGGGAGGAGCGCCGGCGGUCGUUCGGCAUCGCCGAGGCCGUACGCCUGUCCGAGUUCGAGCACAGCCACCUCGAAACCAUGGCCGCGGCCAUCCGAGAGGCCGGUGUCGACUGCGACCUCGUGCUCACCGAGGGCGUCGAGGCGUAUUAUGAUCGCAAGUCCUUCGAUAGGGCUGUCGCGGGACUCGAGGACAUGCGCGCUCACGCGCCGCAUCUGGCCGAUAAGCACACCGUGUACACGGACCGGGACAGGCUGCGGCGCGUCAUGAAGCUGUCGCCUCGGUGCGUGGGCGCCAUUGGGGUCCCUGCCGCGUCGCUGUGGCCGUACAAGUGGAUCACCGGUGUAUUGGGCGGCUUUAUUGAUGCGGGGAGACUCAACGUCCAGACGCACACGACAGUACGGGCGGUUGAGGACCGCGAUGGAGACGAGUUCGCCGUCGUGAGGACGGACCGUGGGGACAUCAAGGCGAGGCAUGUGGUCCAUGCUACGAACGCCUGGUUGGGCCACUUGCUGCCCGAGCUGCGACCGUUCAUCUCGCCAGUCAGGGGUAACGUUGUACACUACGGCCCCGUGCCAGCAAAAAGUAAGAGUGAUAACGACGACGACAACAGAGUCAAGGCGGACCAAGCAAGCAGCAAGGCGACGAAUUCAGCCCUCGGCCUCGACCCUCGGUUCUCGCUCUGGCUCCGCUACGGCGACAAGGACUACGACUACGUGAUCCAGCGGCGGGACGGCGGCGUCGUGGCCGGGCGCGCCAACACGGGCCGCCGGACCACGGGCGACGACGGCGAGACGGACCUGCCUGCCAUGGCGCACCUCCGCGGCCUCGGCGACGAGGUGGUGGCGUCCCCGGUUCCCGGCGCCGCCGCGCACGUCACGCACGCGUGGUCCGGCAUCCUUGCCUUCUCCCAGGACGCCGUGCCCUUCGCCGGCCGCCUGCCGCCGGCGCUGUUCCCCGGCCGCGGACACCAGUGGGUCUGCGGCGGUUACCAUGCUACGGGGAUGAUCAAGGCGUUUCGAACGGCGCAGAUGGUGGCGCGGUUGAUACUUGGAGAGGACGUGGGCGAUGAGUAUCCUAGGUCGAUUCUGGUGACGGAGGGGAGGAUCGCGGCGCUGAGGAGAUCGCUCGAUCUUGGGGAACUACCGGUUUUCAAGGCGAAGCUUUAGUUGGAAAUGUGGUUGGUAGCGAUGUAGAUCGGGGGUAUCAAUUAGUAAUUGGCCUAGAUGUUGUCAAAUUUAGUGUUAAAAAGGACUCGGGCUGUUC